AUGCCAACCAAAGAGACCUCACGCUUGCUGGCAUCGACAGUGCCUUUCCCCGUGGUCUUGGCUCCUUCGUGGCAGUUCUGGCACAUUGGGUCACCGUCGUUUCGGUUGUAUUUGUUCGUGUUGCUGUCGCUCAUUCCAUUCAGCGGGCUUUGCCAAUCACCAUGUUCGGUGCCCAUACCGGCCGUGAGUGUGCCCAACAUGCUCCUUCCGUUCGUCGGCGUCCACGUCCUCGACGUGCAGGGCCACGUGAGCGUGGUCUACUUUCUCCUGGCCAUGUGUGUGGGGCACAUCGUCGUCACGUUUGCCUUGGCUACCCAUACAUUUUGGCUCGCGCUUGUGGGGCGCGUCGUGUUUGGGGUGGGCGUAGGCAGUGUCGUCGUUGGCGCAAGGGCGAUGGUCUCGUACUGGUUCGACGCGUCCGAGCUCACGUUUGCCAUGGGGGUGAUGGUCGCCACCACGAGCGUGUCCAAGAUGCUGGCCAAAGCCACCGUGGCGCCGAUUUCCAUUAUUUUGGCGGCCAUCGUGGCCGCGCAGUACAUUUACACGUUGAAGGAAUGCCAAAGCGUGGCCCAAGCAACCCCCAUCUCCCCCCGGUUGAGGACGCCGACGCGAACCAACUUACGUGGCUUCGCAACUACCUACAGGUUGCGCGUCGGUCGCGCCGUCGAUCGUCCGUCAUCGACACGGUCGUGCCCACCCUCACAUCCUUUCGAGACUUUCCGCUCAUGGCACAAUUUUUGGAUGCUUGUCGUCCUGCACGUGGUGUUCAUCAACGUGUUUCACUUGUUUCAAAACAUUUCGAGCAGCUACUUGUACCAAGUGCACGGGUACUCUGUCGUCAAGUCUGGCCUCGUGAGCAGUUUGUCGCACGUGUUGGUGCUGUUUUCUCCGCUCGUGGGGCUCGUCAUAGACCGUCUCGACGGACGCGUCCCCAUAAUCGUCCUCUCGGCCGUGCUCGGGGUUGUCGCGUACGGACUGCUUCUGUUCACGUCCACGCCCUCGACUGUCUCCCUCCUGAUCAUGUCUUUCUGCUUGGCAUCCACCCCAGCUGUUCUCAUGGCGUGCGUGCCCCUGAAUAUUCCCAAGUCGCAGUUUGGCCUAACGUUAGCAUUUGGGAUUGUCGAGGUGAUCGACGCGACGGGCUCCACGGUGGGCAACCACGUCGUCGGAUGCUUGCGAGGUGCCACGGGUACCUACACGGCCGACAUGUGCCUGUUCUUUAGCUUGGCGUGGGUUCUCCUCGGCCUGUGCAUAACCCUGGGCUGCCUCGACUACCGAAAUGGCCACGUGCUGGCGGCUUCGGCCCCCACCUCUACAGUACCACCACCACAAGCAGUUCUACUACGACAAGAGAUCGCAACGUGUCAGUGUCGUGCGACGACGCCGAUAUUUUCGUCGACGUUGGGUGUGCGCUGUACGACAGCAGUGACGAGCAAAGGGAGGCUGCGUCUGUUUCGCUCGUACAACCUUAAACACGUGGAGGCUGCUUCAAUUCGGUAG